AGUGUGUGUUUGCGUUUCUCAUUUGUUGCGGAGAGUAUCCGCGGUAAGGUCUGGGCCUUUGUGCAGCGUGGGACGGAGUCUUCAGUCCAGGAGCUCCGGAGCUGCCACCGCAGGUGCCCUAACUGGCUAAUGAGCUAGUGGGAAAGAGCGGGAGCCGCUCCCAGCCUUUCUUAAAUACGCUAGCCCGUUUUGGGGUCACCUGAGGUCGCCGGCCUGGAGCGGGCGGUGCUUUGCUGUCAGAUGAGGUGCAUUGCAGGUUUCCUCCUUUAGUCUUGGCAUUUCUCGCCGAUUUCUUUCUCACUUCCUCUUACUCUAGCUCCCAAGAUGCACCAAGUCCUCAGUGAUUCUGUUUUUUUCCCCUUCUCGUGGUCACUCUCCUCUCUUUUUGCUCUCCUUCACCAAAUAUGUAGAAAAGCAAGAUGUGAGUUCACACCUGACUUUUGUUGAUGAUGAACCUGAAAUCCAGAGCAAUGUUUAAAACAUCAAGUCAGAUAGCAGCUGCACUGUAAGUCAAGGAGUUUCCUUUUGCUGGUACCACCAAGAUUUGUGUCCCCAAAAGGAGACUGGCAAAUACAGAAGCCAUUUCAUUACUAUUUGUUUGGAAACUAGAUCUGACCAUCAAGAAGAAAAUAAGGACAGUGGUAGAAGACUAUAAAAGAAAGCUGAGUAAAAAGAUGCAGCAGGUUGUGCUCUCAGAUGAAAGUCCAGGAUCACCAUGCCAGCUACUUUGCAUUCCCAGCAAUACCCAGCUCCUUCAGAAAAAAGUUCUACCAGCUUCUCAAUAUCCUGUCUUCACUAAAGAUGGAAGUCAAGAAAACCUACUAGAAACAGAUGCCACACUGAUGAGCUGGUCCCAAGCAUCGCUAACAUUUGAGGAUAUAGCUGUGAACUUCACUAGUAAGGAGUGGCAGAGUCUGACCUAUUUUCAAAGGCAUCUCUACAAAGAUGUGAUGUUGGAAAAUUAUGGAAACAUGGUAUCCCUUGGAUUUUCAUUUCCUAAACCUCCUUUGAUCUCCCAUCUGGAGCGAGAAGCAGAGCCAUGUGUUCAGGAUCUACAGUAUGGGAGGUUCCUGAGCUGCUCCUUCCCAGUACCAACAGGCAGGAUAUGGCCUGGGAGUGAGAAGGCACCUUCAGAACAAGAGGUAUUUGAAAACAGAGAAGUCUUCUGGGUGAAAUGUAAGAGUCUUCUAAAUAUUGUUUCCCAGGAUCCUGAGGUUAGAGAAGUUUGUAUGCAGGAUGUCAAACUAGAAAAUCAAUGGGAAACAUUCGUAAGGGGAGAACUGAGAGAAGUGAGAGAAGGCUCUACAGAAGUGACCUUCAAAAAGGGAAAGAACCAGAAGGUACUUAAAAAAAUCUUUAAUUCAAACUCAAAACAUAUUUCAUAUAAUAGAGGGUUUACAAAGCAAAAACUUUAUGAAUAUGCGAAAUGUGACAAAAAAUUCAGCUGGCAUUCAGACCUAAUUCUCCAUGAUCAAAUUCAUUCUGGUGAGAAAUCCCAUGUCUGUAAAGAGUGUGGGAAAGCUUUCAAGACCAGAAAUCAAUUUUCUGUACACCACAUAAUCCACACAGGGGAGAAACCUUUUAACUGUACACACUGUGGGAAAGCCUUCAACAGCAGAUCAGCUCUUUGCAGACAUAAAAAAGUCCAUAGUGAAGAGAAGCCUUAUGAGUGCCAGGACUGUGGGAAGGCCUUCAAGACCAGGACACGUCUCAGUGUGCAUCAGAUAGUCCACACUGGGGAGAAGCCUUACAAAUGUAAUGACUGUGGAAAGGACUUCCAGUUUAAGCAUUCCCUUGUUGUCCAUGGCAGAAUCCAUACUGGGGAGAAACCAUAUGAAUGUGAGGAAUGUGGGAAGGCUUUCAGGGGGAGUUCAGAUCUCACCAAACACAAAAGAGUCCACACUGGGGAGCGACCUUAUGAGUGCAACAAGUGUGAGAGGGCCUUCAGUCAAAGCUCAGACCUAAGCAAACACAGAAGAGUCCACACUCAGGAGAAACAUUUUGGGUGCCCUCAGUGUGGAAAAGCCUUUAGUAUCAAGGCAGAUUUCAGGAAGCAUAGAAGAAUCCACAAUGAGGAGAAACCUUACAAGUGUGAGAAGUGUGGAAAAGCCUUCCGUCAUAACUGUAAGCGCAGGGCUCAUGAACUAGAACACACAGGGAAGAAGCCCUAUCCAUGUGGAGAUUGUGGGAAAACUUUCCAGGAUAGGCACUGCCUUACCAUCCAUCAAAGAAUCCACACUGGAGAGAAACCUUAUAAAUGUUUGGAAUGUGGCAAAGCUUUCAGUGGGAAGUCCAACUUGACCAAUCAUCAAAGAAUUCACACUGGAGAGAGACCCUACACAUGUGAGAUUUGUGGAAAGGCCUUUCAUCAUAAUUCAGUACUGAAGCAACACAAAAGAAUCCACACUGGUGAAAAGCCAUAUACGUGCUAUGAGUGUGGCACAUCUUUCCGUCAGUACUCAGCUUUAACUGGACAUAAGCGACUUCAUACUGGAGAGAAACCUUAUGAAUGUGAGGAGUGUGGCAAAGCUUUCAGGGUGAGCUCCAAUCUUACUGGACAUAAGAAAAGAAAACAUUUGAGUAUGGAGAAGCCAUGAGCUUGAUGAGAAUGGGAAAUCCCUCUCUCCAGUAAACAUUUCCCAGACCUUCUCAGUAAUCAGUAUUUUGACCAUUCAUGCCAGAUUAUAAUGAUUCUGUUGUUCACAACUUUCCAUUUCCUUACCAACUCUUAGACUCGUCCUUCUUGUUCUCCUACAUAGGGUUUUCCUGACUGCUAAUUGUGAGACACGCCCACCCCCCCCAAGAGGCUUUAUCCUUUCUUUAUCUUACGUAUUCACUAAAUUUAUAAAAGAAAGAGAUGAACAAUGGGUUACCCAGCAUUUCUCAAAAUUUCUUGAAAGUGUUUUAUAAGUUAGUGUUCUUAAAAACAAUUAUAUAUAUAUAUAUAUUUGUUUGUUUUUCAGUGAGCACAGUCACUUUCAAGGGUUUAUCAAACUUUUUUUUUUUGGGGGGGGGGGGAUAGGGAUAUAGGGGUUUGAACCCAGGGGCACUUAACCACUGAGCCACAUCCCAAACCCUAUAUAGAGAGAGACAGGUUCUAGCUGAGUUGCUUCCAGUCUUGCUAAGUUGCUGAGGCUGCCUUUGAACUCACAAUCCUCAGCCUCCUGAGCCACUUGAAUUACAGCCAUGCACCACCAUGCCUGGCUCUCACUGUCAAACACUUCUAGAUAACAAUAAAUAAUUUGUUUAAUCCAUACAAUGUUCCUAUAAAAAGAAGAAUUUGAGGUAUAGAAAGAUUAAGAAACUUGCUUAAAGCCAGUCAAGGUGGCACAACGCCUGUAAUCCCAGCUACUUGAGAGGCUGAAGCAGGAGGAUCCCAAAUUCAAGGACAGUCUGGGCAAUUAAGUGAGACUCAUCUAAAAGUAAAAAAAAAGCCAGAGAUAGCUCAGGGGUAGGGCACUUGAUUGGCAUGUGCAAGGCCCUAGGUUCAACCCCAGUACCAAAAGAAAUGAACUUGUCCAGGAUCAUAUGACUAAUAAAUUCUGCACAAAUUAUCUCCCAAGUGUUUAGACUUACCUAGGCAAUUCCCAUAUGCAUACACCAAAUCUUUUGGCAUGAAGUUUUACCUCAGUUCAACACAAAACAUUUUUAAUUGAUAAGCAUUGAUUAUUUUUUGCCAAGGUAUUAAACUUAAAACUGGUACUUCUCUGUAUUGUAUAUCAGGAUUCCUAAGCUUCAGAGUGAAAAUGGAAGUGAGAAAAUGGGUAGAUUUAGGAAUUACAGGUAAGUCAGCAAUACAGUGUUAAGUAGCAAUUUACUUAGGAAAGAGUGUGAAGUCUUAUAAAUACAACAAAAUUUUUCUAACUUUAUUUCUUAAAUAUUACUAUGUUCAUUUGCAUAGCAUAUGAAACACUCUUAUAAAUAUAUUUUUAUAUAUAUUUCAAGAUUCUCUGUGUUCAUAUCCUUCCCUUUCUCUUCUAAAUAUUAUCACUUUAUGUGUCCUUUGUUGCAGAUAGAAUGAAAUACCAAGACAUAAUAAAGCUAUUAAAAUAGAA